UCUCCCACAUCUUCUGACUGUCAGCCUUUUGCCAGUCGCUUGGGAGCAGAUUAUUGCCAGCUCAGUCCUGUGAGGGUAGAGGAAUGCAAGGUGGUGUCAGCGCCGGGAGCCGCGGCCAUGGAAUCCAGCAUUUGUUACGCAGCAGCAGCUGAAGCGGGCUGGCUCGGCACAAGGGGCAGAGUCCAUAUGCAGGGUAGGAGCUGCAGGAAGAGACCACCGUGGGAGAAGAUAAGAGGCACACAAAGAAGAGACGGGGCGAGCGAUAGGACUGCAUCCGCGCUCGUAGGAAAUCUGAGGAAGACAAUUAUCUGGAAUAAGCUCCCGCUUUCUUUUUUUCUGUUUUUUUGUUUUUUUAAUUUUAAAUUCACCUCAACCAAACGCUGCUGGAGAAGAGGUUCUGUUUAAAUUGCUUCAGCUAAUUCUUGCUGCUUCCACGACGAGGCAAAUUUGUUUGCCAUGGUGAAAGAAAAAGUGGCCCAUCCUCAAGAGCCCCAUCACCCAACUGAAAAGCCAGUCAUCCACUGCCAUAAGUGUGGAGAGCCAUGUAAAGGUGAAGUACUCCGUGUUCAGUCCAGACACUUCCACAUCAAAUGCUUCACCUGCAAAGUGUGUGGCUGUGACUUGGCACAAGGAGGCUUUUUCAUUAAGAAUGGGGAAUACCUUUGCACCUUGGAUUACCAGCGCAUGUAUGGUACCCGCUGCAACGGGUGUGGGGAGUUUGUUGAAGGAGAAGUAGUGACAGCUCUGGGAAAAACUUACCAUCCAAACUGCUUUGCCUGUACAGUUUGCAAGCGUCCAUUUCCACCAGGUGAUCGAGUUACCUUUAAUGGAAGGGACUGUCUCUGUCAGCUGUGUGCUCAGCCAAUGUCCUCCAGCCCUAAAGAACUGUCUGCCUCAAGCAAUUGUGCUGGCUGUGGAAGAGACAUAAAAAAUGGACAAGCAUUGCUAGCUCUCGAUAAGCAGUGGCACCUGGGGUGCUUUAAGUGCAAGGCCUGUGGGAAGGUCCUGACUGGGGAAUACAUCAGCAAAGAUGGUGCUCCUUAUUGUGAAAAGGACUAUCAGGUUCUUUUUGGAGUCAAGUGUGAAGCAUGUCACCAAUUCAUUACUGGGAAAGUACUAGAGGCAGGUGACAAGCAUUAUCAUCCCAGCUGUGCACGAUGCAGCAGGUGCAACCAAAUGUUCACAGAAGGAGAAGAAAUGUAUCUGCAAGGUUCCACUGUCUGGCAUCCCGACUGUAAGCAAUCCACUAAGACUGAAGAUAAGCUACGGCCUACCAGAACAUCAUCAGAAAGCAUUUAUUCCAGGCCAGGUUCCAGUAUACCUGGCUCACCAGGCCACACUAUCUAUGCAAAAGUAGACAAUGAGAUCCUUGAUUACAAGGAUUUAGCAGCCAUUCCCAAAGUCAAGGCCAUUUAUGACAUUGAACGUCCAGACCUAAUUACUUAUGAGCCAUUCUACACUUCCGCCUACGAGGACAGACAGGAGAGACAGAGUCUUGGAGAGUCUCCACGGACAUUAUCACCUACCCCUUCAGCAGAAGGUUAUCAAGAUGUUCGGGAUCGCAUGAUUCACAGGUCUACUAGUCAGGGCUCUAUUAAUUCUCCAGUGUACAGUCGCCAUAGCUACACGCCCACCAUGUCACGCUCCCCCCAGCAUUUCCACAGACCCGGCAAUGAGCCGUCCAGCGGUCGGAACUCCCCUGUCCCCUAUCGGCCAGACAGCCGCCCUCUCACUCCAACUUACGCUCAGGCCCCUAAACAUUUCCAUGUUCCAGACCAAGGUGUCAACAUUUACAGAAAGCCACCAAUCUACAAGCAACAUGUACAUGCAGCUGCUUUGGCAGCACAGAGCAAGUCCUCCGAGGAUAUCAUCAAGUCCUCCAAGUUCCCAGCAGCUCAUGCACCAGCACCCAACGAGAUACCAAAGAUUGAGACGGACCACUGGCCAGGUCCUCCCUCCCUUGCAGCCAUAGGAGCAGACAUGAGACGCAGGUCAAGUGGAAGAGAGGAAGACGAUGAGGAGCUACAGAGACGUCGGCAACUGCAGGAGGAGCAGCUCAUGAAGCUUAAUUCUGGUCUUGGACAAUUGAUACUGAAGGAAGAGAUGGAAAAGGAGAGGUCAGCCUUUUCUGCCAGUCGUUAUGAUUCUCCAGCCCACGCUUCAGCCUCCAAAACCUCUUCUCUUCCUGGCUAUGGAAAAAAUGGACUUCACAGGCCGGUGUCUACAGACUUUGGUCAGUACAACAGUUAUGGGGACGUGAGUGGUGGGGUUAGAGAUUUCCAGUCCCUUCCGGAUGGUCAUGUCCCUGGAAUGAGAAUGGACAGAGGAGUAUCUAUGCCUAACAUGUUGGAGCCAAAGAUUUUUCCAUAUGAAAUACUCAUGGUGACCAACAGAGGGCGAAAUAAAAUACUAAAAGAUGUAGACAGAACCAGGCUGGAGCGUCACUUAGCACCUGAAGUUUUCCAAGAGAUAUUUGGCAUGACGAUACAGGAGUUUGACAAGUUACCUCUCUGGAGACGCAACGACAUGAAGAAAAAAGCAAAACUCUUUUAAUCUCCCUUUAAACAAACAACUAAAAAUGACGUGUAGGAUGUUGUAUCCUGCAAUCCAAACUAUUUGGAAGCAUCCACUUACCCAUCAAAAAGGGAAAACCGCGUAGUGGCAUCUCUACACACAGCAAUUGAACAAGAUGAACCUUUGCCCUCCUGCAACACAGGGAGAAAAUAUCUGGGCUCAGAAACAACAAUGAUAAUUUUCAGAGGCGUCGGCCUUUUACAUGAUAAAUAUACAAGAUAGGAAACUUUUCUUCUCCCUCAGUGAUAUUCCCUUUACUUCUCUCCAUAACAAGAUGGAACUUUAUUGCUAGAGCCAGGAAGUGCCCUUAGGAUGCCUUGUAGACUAAAGUAGUUGUAACCACUCCAAGAACUGGAAAAGAAAAAUAUAUAUAUAUAUAUAAUAUAUAUAUAUGUAUGUGUGUUUGUGUGUGUGCGCACAUGUAUUUAUAUCUACUCAUCUGUGUAUGUAUGUGUAUAUAUGUGUAUAUAUGGAGAGAAAGACAGAUACUCCAUAGUGAAGGAGAAGCCCUUUGUAACACAUCCAUAUGGUCACGUCCAGUCUUUCACACAACUGUUUCUUCACCGGCAGUCUUUUGAAACUGCAUCUUUGUGUGAUACUAUCUGCAAAGGUGGGCACUUUGCUCACCUACAUGCAUACCAGUUGAAUUCUCAGAAAGCGGACUCCUUGUACUUGUAUAUAUUUGCUAGGAUGUAGGAAGUGAAUUGCUGUGUCUGUUGUCGGUCUUCCCUCUUCCACACUUUCUGCUUGAAUUAAUAAGGCUGGAGCUUAACCAGUCAAAUAAUGUAAGAUCACCUGAGUAAUGGGAAUGAUGGAGAAGAGUUUUCUUGUAAUUUAGUCCAACAGAUGGGUAGCUGAAGGUGGGAAUGAUAGAGUGAGAAAAUGCUUUUUUAAGUGUGCCCUGGUUCACACCCAGAGAUUUUGGACAGACUCCUUUCUAGUAAUUAAUUACUAGGUACAGCUCCUUAGACUGCAGUGGAUUUUACAUCAGCAGGGAAGGUGGUUCUCUGCAAGUCAACAUAAAUUAUCAUCCCUCUUUAGGAGGAAUGUUUAUGAAUUAAAAGGUACCACCAAGGUGCCGUGCUCUGCCAAUAGAGGUUAUUUGAUUAAAUUGCAGUUGCUGUUGUCAGUAUGGCACAGUGCAUGGGGCCAAGCAUCCCUUUUUAGUUAAAGUAGUUUUUCACUUCUGCUUGGGAAAGAAGGUGCAGUAUCUUUUUUUUUUUUUUUUUCCCCUCUCUUGAAGCUUCAAAGCUCCAGCCUUGGUUAUUUUUAUUUCCCUUUGUGCCUGACUUGGUUUAUGAAGACAGAGAAAUCAUGCAAGGUGGUUUCUGAGCUGCGUUGAACUUUUUAUUGCUUUCAGUCUUCUUCCACUAUAUUGCAGCUUGAAAAAUAACUGCCUAUAUAUAUAUAUAUAUAUAUAUAUAUAUAUAUCUUAACUGCUUCUGGGCAGGUCCUGUACAGAGAAGGACACGAGCACCAAAGUAACUGAAUGAAUGCAUUGUGGCUGCAGCAUCAGCUUUUUCUCUUCUUGAUGCUUAACUGCCAAUGCAAACUGCACUAAUGACCAUCUCCUAGUAUUGGAGAAAGUCAUUUAGGUUCUGUGUCUGUCAAAGAAUAUCAAGGUUUCAUUCUUAAUGCAGAAACUUUCGGCACUGGAGACGUCAGAACCUUUGUAUUUUCUGUUACAUUAGACAUUAGAGUUAAUAUCUGGAAGUCAGGAAGAGGAAACAGUCCCACGUAGUUGUGAGGUUCACUACCACUGUGUUGAGUUCUGUAUGUCACCAAAUGGCAUUUCACCAUGAAAUGUGCAGGACUGCCCAAUCCUGCCCCAUCUUUGCUGGUAUAGGUGGUCCUGCUAGAGCAGGUCACUGUGGUUCAUGUGCUCCAUGCUCUGGAGCUAAGUGAAUGGUGGGUCCAAGGGGUGUGAUUGAGAAUGUUCUCACAUGCAGACCUGGCAGCAUUGUCCCCACUGAACACAGGUCCCCACUGAACACUGUACCACACAGCUGAGUGUGGCUUGGCUAUCUGGACUUCACUGAGAUUACAGCAAGGAUCAGUUCAACAUUUUUUACUUCGUAUUUCAGAACAAGCAUCUGAAAUGGCUUUAGAGGAACACUGGGAAACAAAUGGGAGCGAGGAGCACUGGCAGUUAGAGAUGCAUUUUUGAGUGAUAGCUGAAACCUCAUCCAUUUUACGGUCAUAAGCUUUGUGAGCACUAGUCUCCAAAAUUCAGUGUACGUUACCUGCAAAUUGUGGCCUUAUGUUGAGAAGAACACUUGGAUUUGAUCAUUUGAAGUAUUCAAAUUCUCUAAACUUUACCAAUUCGUAUCCUAUAGGUGAUGCUGCGCUGCUGCCACCCAAACACAGUGAGCUUUGUAGGUAUCUCAGGUCACCUUGACAACAGACCUUUCUGAUACGAAGACUGCUGUCACAGAUGUGAGCUGCCAGCCCUCAGCUUUAGGUGUUGAACAGUGUAUGUGAAUAUCCUACCCAGUCAUUUCAGAGAUGACUAAGGCAGGUUGUCUUCUCUCUUCCU